AUGGAUAAGCUCCUCUCAAGAGCUUCGGCUCUUGUAGGGUUGGGACCAGCGUGCACUCCCUCGAUUACGUUCUCGGACGAGAGCUCGCGCAAGCGAGUGACAUCGUACAAGGAUGGUCAGCAGGUGCUGGUUUUCACCGACAAGGAUCCUGUGGCGGGAGAGGUGACGUUGAAACUGGACCCGGGGAAGAGGCUCGAGCACAUGGGGGUCAAGAUAGAAUUCAUCGGCAUGAUCGAGAUGUUCUAUGGAAAUUAUCACGAGUUUACGAAUCUUGUGCGCGAUUUGGACGCUCCGGGCGAAUUAACGCAGACGAAAGUGUAUCAGUUCGACUUUGCUAGUGUAGACAAGCAGUACGAUAGUUACAAUGGGAUCAACGUGAAGCUGAGAUAUUUUCUCCGAGUCACUGUCGCCAGGCAGUACAGCCCCAAUGUUGUGUUCGAGCAGGAUAUCUGGGUUAAGAACGUACAGACGAUGCCUGAGAUCAACAAUAGCAUCAAGAUGGAGGUCGGAAUCGAAGAUUGCCUGCACAUCGAGUUCGAGUACAACCGCUCCAAGUAUCACUUAAAGGACGUUGUCAUCGGAAAGAUUUAUUUCCUCUUGGUUCGUCUAAAGAUCAAGCACAUGGAAAUCGAGAUCAGGAAACGCGAGUCGACAGGCUCAGGCUCUGACCUGUACAACGAGAGCGAGACUAUCACUAAGUUCGAGAUCAUGGACGGAGCUCCUGUGCGAGGCGAGUCGGUUCCGGUCCGGCUGUUCCUGUCCGGGUUUGACCUCACUCCCACCUACCGUAACGUGAAUAACAAGUUCAGCGUGAAGUACUACCUCAACCUCGUGCUAGUGGACGAGGAGGAUCGUCGGUACUUCAAGCAGCAGGAGAUCACUCUGUGGCGGAAAGAGCUCUAG